UUCGAAAACUUCUGGAAGUAGAGCCUCCGCAAGUAAAUCUUCUACAAGUAAAUCCUUCACAAGUAUCUCCCGUUUAAUUUUACAGUCUUCUGGCUCCUCUUUUGAUAGUGAUGAUUCAAUUGCGCCAUUAUUCUCUGAAUCUACUAUGCAAGCAAAAAAUGAUGCUCUGUUAUGUCGAAUUUUGACGAAAUUAGAACUUUUACAACAAAUAAAUGAAGACAACCAAAAAAAAUUAUGUAAAAUGGAAGAAGAUAUGAAAUCAAUAAAAGAAAAAAUAUCUGUGCUUUCGUUUAAUAAAGAAUCCCUGGAUGUCAUUAUUAAAAAAGCCUCAGAAGAACUUUUGGACCAUAAUAUAUAUCCAAUUCCCAAUGAUUAUAAAAAAAUAGCAGAAGAAGUUUUAAAGAAAACAAAUAAUGACUUUUUUUUGAGUUUGGGUGAUCAAUGGGAUGGAUAUUUUGAGAAAAGAAUAAAGAAAAUGGGCGAAAAAAUACGAAGUUUACAUAAUAAUUUAAGUACGAAAGUAAAAGUAUCUAUCUUUAAAGUCUUUGAUAAAUUACUACCUAUUAACAACAAUGUGACAGCAGCUGAAAUUAUCACAUGGAAAAGUAAUCCUAUAGUAUUAGAAUGUUACAAGAACCUGUUUAAAGAAAUUGAAAAUAUAUCUGAAAAACAUAUC